AUGUUGGUUCCAUUAUCUAAUGAGAUGGUUGCUAAGCGUAACUGGUUAUUGAAAGUAACAGUAACAACUUUUCCACCAGAAGCUACAAAGGGAGAAGUUGAAAAAAUUGUUUAUGAUGGCCAAUUACACUCAGCAACCAUUUUCUUAGAUGAUGGCAAUAAUUAUGAUGGAAAUUUUUUUGACACACCUGGAGUGGUUCUAAUUUCUAAAGAAAUGUAUCAAAAAACAAUCAAUAAUCUAGCUAAUAUAAAGGGGAAAGAAUCUAUUAUCAUUGAAGAUGUAGUCGAUGUUAAAAUAUUUAUUAUUAUAGAUUAUAAUGAACAAGGAGAGUACUUUAAUGACUUUGAAAGUAACGAGGAACCUGAUAAAUUAUUACCUAAUUUUCAUUCAACAAUCAAUAUUACUCAAUCAGUUAGUGUUAUCUCCGAAAUGCUUGAAAAUACAACCCUAGCAAGUAAUAUUACACAACUCGAUAAAUCUAGAGAUAAUGAUCAUAAGUGUGAAAAAGAAAAUUCAAGGAAAUCUAAACAUGUGUACCUUGAAAAUCAUCAAAGAGCAAAAAAAAAUAAACGAUUAAAAAGUGACAAAAUCUAUAAACAAGUGGAUAUUUCAGAUUCUGAUAAUGACAGUCAAAAUUCAGAUUCUGAUGACAAAAAAUCAACCCCACAUAGGGUGGAAAUCACUAGUUUUCCUAUUGUUGUUGUAGAACAGAAUGAACACUUUAGUAGAAUAAUAAAUAACACUCAGUCAAUAUCACAACCCUCAAACCUCAUAAAACUUGAUGAAUCAUCAGAUGAAUAUUCUAAUACACAAGAAGAAAUCGAUAAAAUUAGAUUUAAUGAAGCUGUCGAAUAUGAAAUCAAUUCUGCAAUAAAUAAUGAAAACACAGUUGAUAUUGAGACAAGUUUUUCACUCGAUAUAUCAAAUGAUGUAUCAUCAAGUGUUUCGGAAAGUCAUAAAAUAAGAAAUGAAGUGUCUUCAAAUAUUGAUCAGACAUCUUCAAAUGAUUCUUUCUCUGAAAAAAAUGACCAAAUUAUUGAAGAUAGUCAAAUUGAGCAGUACAAUGCAAUCCUGAGUGGUAGUUCAACAAUAUACAUAUUAAUUAUUAUUUUAUUUAUUUAUGAAAAAAAUAAAAUAGAAGAUUUUCAAGUAAUCCAAUUGGAUAUUAAUACUGUUCAGACUAACAAUGGAAUAAUGGCAGAAUCAGAUCAUGACGAUAUUUCAGUAUGUGGGUCAACUACUAUUAGCAAGCAUCAUAAAGCACCCUUCCAUUAUGCAGAGAAAUUGAAAAAUCUCAGAAAAAAUAAUGGAAAGUCGGAGAUUUUUGAAUCAAAUCCAGGUGUCCAAGAUGAAAUGUAUUCUAAGCCAAUAAAAACUUAUUUUACAGAAGAUACAGCAUCAACUUCUUUUGGGCCAUUGCCAAAUUUACAAAUGGAUAUUACAAAUUGUUUAGAGUUUUUAUAUCAAUAG